AUGGAAUCAUCAUCCUCAAUAAUGAACUUGAAUGUCCAAUCUGGAUCCAACUUGGUGGAUGCCAUGGCGGCGAUCGACGAGGGCAUUACGAAAGUCGGUUUGACCUUUUAUCCCCAUCUCUUUCAGACCAACACCAGCAUUACCAAAAGACGGCAAGAUGGCACAAUGAGUCGAAAACGAAGUCGACCGGACGAGCCUACCGAGGCUGUGGGAUCACUGCCCAAUUUGCAAGAAAUCACUUGUUCGGGUGGCAUGGCCGUGCAUUCGCUGCAUGUCUCCAGUCUCACUGCCAUUUUGACCAACCGACAGGAUAGCAAUCUACAAUCGCUGUGUCUGUCGCGAAUCCAACUUUUGGGACACGCUGAAGACUUUGACGAGUUUUCCGAAUGCCUCCAGAAUCAACACCAGCUGCGAGUCUUUCACCUCGUCGACUGCAAAAUCGCCGCUGCCGCCAGUGGUGACGGUAGUAGCCCACGGCGGAAACAACGGCGACACAACAAUGCUGCUCCUCCUUCCUUUUCCAUCAACACUAUCCUCCAGGCAGUGGCGUCAUUGCCCUCUGUGGAAAGCAUUCAAGUCACUAGCAAGCAACAACUGUUUUGUGGACUGGGAGUGUUGACUCCUGCCACUCUGGAAACACUUUGCUGGUCCACCACGUUGAAACGACUCGUCCUCAAGGGGUUUAUACUCAAUGCCCAACACGUCUAUUCCAUGGGCCCCGGCAUUGCCACCAGUCAGAGUCUCCAGUCGGUCGUCUUGCACAAACUGGGUGACACUAGUAAUGCGCAAGGGAAAGUCAAUGACUGUUUGACAUACAUGCUGCAAGACAAUACAAGUCUGGAACACUUUGAAUUGCCCGCCAUGACGGGUGGUACGAGUCCUCGAUGGGUCCAAAUGGCAUCGACCGUAUUGCAAAAGAAUACCAAGUUACGAGUGUUGCAUCUCGGUGGACCUCAACAACAACAACCACAACCAAACAAUACGACUAGUACGACGGAAGCGUGGAACAGUGUCCAGUUCCAUUUAAAGCUGAAUGCCGCCGGAAGGAGUCGACUCUUGGGACAACAGCAGCAGAACAAUGAUAGCAUGGCAUUGUCGUCGAAUCGAGAAUGGGUCCAUGUCAUUGGAAACGUAGCGGAUGAUUUGGAUUGUGUCUUUUACUUCUUGUCCCGGAAUCCAUCGCUAUGUGGACGACAACUAUGA